UAUAGAUUUAACUUUCAAAUUACCUUGCAUAUUGACGAUAUAAGUACAUUGGUUUUUAUUCAGGAAAAAUUAGGAAUAGGAGAAAUUAGAGAUAGAGGAAGCAAAGCUGUUUUUACUAUAAGAGCUCAAAAAGAUAUAGUAAAAAUAAUAGACAUUCUAUCUAAAAAUUCUUUGAACACAAAAAAAUAUCUUGAUUUUUCAGAUUUUAAAAGAGCGUUUGAAUUUUAUACUAACUCUAAAGAAAAAACUCCAGAGCUAAUUGAAAAAAUUUCUUAUAUUAAAAAAGGUAUGAAUAAAAGUAGAACCUGA